GAAGUUAAACAAAACAGAAUACCCUAAACAGUACUAAUAUAUACAGUAUACACACAUAUCAGGCAGAGAGAGCUGAGAAAGGAGCUGCAAAAAAGAUACAAAGUGGCCUAAAAUGAUUUGUUGAUUAUACAAUAACCCGUGAGAAUGAAAGAGUAGUGAGCCAAGUAGAAGACAAAAACACAACUCCCAAAUACAAACAAUUUGGUGGCCGGCUACUUCACAUGCCACCAAAUAUAGGUACUCUCUCCAUCUUAUAUCAGACACAUCUCUCUCAGUUCUCUUUCUUCUCUUUCUUAACAAAGAAUUUCUCCUACAUAAAUACUCUACUCCAAAAAUUGGAUCCUGUCUCCGUGCGACAAUUCAAGGGUAUCUAUCCAGUAUCCACCAUGGUUUUAAAUUGUGGUCCGCAACUGCAGCCAUGACAUAUAGGUUUUUGAAGUCUAUGCAACAAUAUUAGAACCACAAACAGAACUUUCAUUGUAUUAGCUUCAUUUUGCAAUAUAAUAGUUCGCAGGGUAUCUGCAACCAUUAUUACUAAUCUGGUUUGGAGGUCAGUUCUGUCAUCAAGUGGUUCUAGCUCCCUCCCGAUUGAGUUGCGGUCUGCAACCACUAUUUAAAACUAGGGUAUCCACUCUUUUUCUUCCUCAUUUUUCUCUCAUUAAUCAAAUCUCUUUUCAAGUUUCCACCCUCUAGCUUGUUAUAAUUUCUUCACUUCUUUUCCUUUUUUUAAUUUAUCUAUCUCUCUAUGACGCAAUUUACACCUUCACUACCUUAUUUGCACCAAACAACAACAACCUUUUCAAACCCUUCUUCUUCCAUGAACAAAAACAAUCAAAUACCAACUAAACCAUGGUUUCCAACAUCCAAAGCUUUAACUACUUUUGGUGACACAAACUGCAUGGAACAGUUACUUGUUCAUUGCGCAAACGCAAUCGAAACAAACGAUGUAACACUUGCUCAACAAAUCCUUUGGGUUCUUAACAAUAUAGCACCACAAGAUGGCGAUUCAAAUCAACGCUUAGCUUAUAGUUUCCUAAGAGCCCUCACAAAUCGCGCAGCGAAAACCGGUACCUGUAAAAUGCUAGUAGAACAAGUUUAUUCAAAUGCUCAUAACAAUCUUACCAUAGAAACUCAUAGAUUCUCAGUCAUUGAACUAGCUAACUUUGUCGAUUUAACACCAUGGCAUCGAUUCGGUUAUGCAGCUGCUAAUGCAGCUAUUCUUGAAGCAACAGAAGGUUUCUCAGUGAUACAUAUUGUUGAUUUAAGUUCAACUCAUUGCAUGCAGAUUCCUACAUUAAUCGAUGCUAUAGCGAAUCGCCAUGAAGUUCCUCCUUUAAUCAAACUCACAGUUUCUGAUCAUGAUAAUAACAUUGAUCAAAUUCCACCUAAACUUGAUCUUUCUUAUCAAGAAUUAGGUUCUAAGUUGGUUAAUUUCGCUAGGUCUAGAAACGUGACAUUAGAAUUCAGAGUAGUUUCUUCGAGUUACACAAACGGUUUUGCUUCUUUGAUCGAACAUUUAAGUGUUCAACGUAUGGUUUAUUCAGGUGAAGCUUUGGUUAUAAAUUGUCACAUGAUGCUUCAUUAUAUUCCAGAUGAAACCCUAUCAAAUUCAAACUCUUAUGUUUAUGAUUCCAUGUCUUCUGUAUCUACUACUACCACUACUACUACUACUACUGCUACUACUACGUCUCUGAGAUCAUUGUUUCUUACCGCGCUUCGAGGUUUAGAUCCAACACUUGUUAUUUUAGUAGAUGAAGAUGUUGAUUUAACUUCAAAUAACUUGGUCAAUAGAUUAAGGUCAGCAUUCAAUUAUCUAUGGAUACCUUAUGAUACUGUGGACACUUUUCUGCCACGUGGAAGUAAACAAAGACAAUGGUAUGAAGCAGAUAUUUGUUGGAAGAUUGAGAAUGUGAUAGCUCAUGAAGGAGUUCAAAGAGUUGAGAGAGAUGAACCUAUAGGAAAAUGGGAACAAAGAAUGAGAAAUGCAAAUUUUCAAGGGAUUGGAUUUGGUGAAGAAUGUGUUGGUGAAGUGAAAGCUAUGCUUGAUGAACAUGCUGCUGGUUGGGGAUUGAAGAAAGAAGAUGAAUGUAUUGUGCUUACCUGGAAAGGGCAUAAUGUUGUUUUUGCUUCUGCUUGGUUACCUGCUUAAUUAAUUAGUUGAACAUUAAUUUUUGUUAGUUUCUUUGUAUUUUGUAUGAAUAAUUAAUAAAGUUAUUGUUUUGCUAUUUUUAGUCUUUUGGUUUUUAUAGUAGUUAUUUUUAGUGUAUUUGUUUUUUGGUUUAUAACCCUCUGGUUCAUAGGAGAAGAAGUCCUAGUAAUCCAGAGUUCGGCUGCGAGGUAGUAAAGUUUGGUCAAGAAAUUGUUCUACCUAGAGAUCGAACUCGGGUUCUCCCGAACCUUGAGCCCAAUGACUU